AUGAUCUCCAAUUCCGGCCACCACGCCGGAGAUAGUCUCGGUAACACUGCUUCCGCCGUUAGUCCGGUGAUCUCUGUUAGCUUAGCCACCACGUCCCUCAUUUCCGGCCUCUGUUUCAAACACUGCAUAACCACUUCCCACAACUUCUCCAGGACAUUCUCGUCGAAGCGUCUCAGGGUCGGAUCCACAAGUUCUCUCGCCGGAUUGGUUUCGUGGAGCGGAGAAUCGGGAUCCGGGAUCUUGCCGGUUAAAAUCUCGUGCAGGAUGGCGCCAAAGCUGAAGACGUAG